CUUUUAUAUCUUUUCAUGAUAUGUGCUCGUCGAUAAAUACGUUUACGUGGUGAAUGACCGCUACUCUGCGUUUCAUUCCUUACCAUGGUGGGCGUUUCAAAGGUUCGACAGACCUUGUCUUCAUGGGAGAACUUUAGGCGCGUUCUCCAGGUUCCAGAGGACCAGUACCACUCUGAAGGUACGUCUCGUGCGCACUUGGGCUUGCUCUGGAGCAACCACGACAUCGAUCCUACCCCUCCAGAGGAGCGUAAAUGGUCUGCCUGGGUUUUCUCCGCAUUUUGGAUGGCCCAUGCCAUGAAUGCGUCUGCUUGGACUGCGGGUUCCGCGGCCGUGGGUCUCGGAUUGAGGUGGUGGCAAGCAUGGCUUGCUCUCAACAUUGCUCACAUUAUCGGAACACUUAUGAUAGUUGCAAAUGGCAGGAUGGCCGCCCGCUAUCACAUUGGAUACCCGGCGUGUAUAAGGGCGUCUUGGGGCAUGUGGGGGUCUUACAUGGCUGUAUCCAUGAGGUAUAUCAUCUGGAACGGUGUCAAUACAUUCUACGCCGGUCGUAUGGUGGAUGUAUGUCUUCAGUGCAUUUGGCCGUCUUGGGCCAACGUGAAGAAUACAUUACCGGAAUCGUCCGGGAUCACUACCCGCCAACUAGCAAGCUUCCAAUGUCUAACUUUAUUUCAUCCUCGAGAUUUGAGAGUGUUCUAUGCCGUCAAAUCUUUCAUAGUAUUUACAGCGAUGCACGCCAUUUUAAUAUGGUGGAUGAAGAAGAACGGAGGCGCGACCUUCCCUUUUGAAGCUUCGAACCAGCUGACCAGGUCGGAAACCGGCUGGUAUUUUAUGCAAGCCUUUAACAGCGGAUUUGGGACUCUGUCGUCACUGACGGUCAAUCAAGCUGAUAUAGCACGUUAUGCAAGAAGACCCAAUGAUCAGUUUUGGGGCCAAAUCUUUAUGUUCCCCAUCGCGUCUGCACUUCCAGGCCUUUAUGGAAUCUUGGUAGCAUCAGCUAGCGAGGAGAUAUACGGUGAGGCAGCUUGGAACCUCUGGGAUGUCUGUCAGAUGAUGCUCGAUCAAUAUCCUCACAAUUCGGCGGCUCGCUUCGGUAUUUUUCUUGCAUCUGCGAGUGUCGCGCUAGCUUUGAUUGCCGUCAAUCUCGCUACUAACUGCCUGCCAUUUGGAAGCGAUGUGUCUGCCCUGUUUCCCAAGUACAUGACUAUCAGACGGGGCCAGUUUAUUGCCUGUCUAUUGGGUAUAGCCAUCGUCCCAUGGAAGAUUUUGAAGGAUGGAACCACAUUUUUAGCUUUCUUAUCCGGCUACGGAUAUUGGUUAGCCCCCCUUGCCGCCAUCCUCUUCGUGGAUUAUUUCGUCAUCCAGCGUGGGAACAUCAUAACGAAGGACCUGUACAACGGGACACCUACCGGCCAUUACUGGUAUACCGGCGGAUGGAACAUUCGCGCCCCGGUUGUGACCAUCUUAUCUUUGAUUCCUUGCAUGCCCGGAUUUGCAGCUAGUAUUUCUGACUCGGUACACAUCUCCGAAGCGGCUAAAGAUCUCAAUACAUUUUCAUUCAUAUUGACCUACCUCAUUGCCAGCUUCUUGUAUUAUAUAUCCUAUCAGAUAUACCCCCGGGAUGUGAAGUGGCGGACUGCCGAGCCAUUUGAAGCAGUGGCAGAUGCCCAAGACGAGGAUGAGAAGAGGCGCCUUGCAAGUAAGAGGUUAGAUAGUGGAGGCCGUUCGACUCCGGAGUCGGACAAGAACGUGGAUGCAGGUAUUUAUGUCAAUUAAUGUAAUAUAUUUUUCGGUUUAGAUGGUUUUAAUGACGGAUGUAUUCGUUCUAAUGUGUCUACAUGGCUUGGCUUAGCGUCAUCAUUCAGCUGCUAUAGAUGGAAAUUUCCGUA